AUGAUGCCUGGCUCCUCCCACACACAGUCCAGUCACGUGAUGUUGAUGAUGCUUCCUGCUGAUGUCUCCUCACUUCCGGCUCCGGUGUCCUCCGGGUGUCAUGCCGCCGAAAGGGAAAGGAGGGAAGGGAGGGAAAGGCGGAGGUGGUGGAGGAGGAGCUGCUGGAGGUGACGCUGCAGACAAGAAGGCUGCGACUCCGAAAGGUGGAAAUGCUGUGAAGGUCAGACAUAUCCUGUGUGAAAAGCAUGGAAAAGUCAUGGAAGCCAUGGAAGAAGCUCAAAUCCGGAGCGAGGUUUUCAGCGAGGUGGCCACCCAGUACAGCGAAGAGGAUAAGGCCAGGCAAGGGGGGGACUUGGGCUGGAUGACCAGAAAGGCUCGAUGGUGGGACCAUUCCAGGAGGCUGCCUUCGGCCCUCCCUGUGAGCACCAUGACAAACCCGUGUACACCGAUCCCCCCGUCGAAGACACAAUGAAAUUCGUGAUAUCAUAUCAUUUUUAUGGUGGAAGGAAGGAAUAUGA